AUGCCAGAAAAUCCAGCAGCAGAUAAGCAGCAGGUGCUGCAGAUCCUGGACCGGCUGCAGGCGAAGCUGCAGGAGAAAAGGGAUUCCCAGCACCAGGAAAACCUGGCUGUCCUAAGGAACACCCUCAGGAGCCCCCUGUUCAACCAGAUCCUGACUCUCCAGCAAUCCAUCAAGCAGCUGAAGGAGCAACUCAAUUACAUGCCUCCCGACCGCUCGGUGGAUUUUGAUUUUACCAAGAGGGGGCUGUUGGUGUUUGCUGACAAAUCAGUCACUGCUGGGACACCUUGCACUUCACCUGCACCCAGAGCAUCAGCCUUCACUCCAAACCUGGCAGUUAAUGAAUUUAACAUGAUCAUCCAGCAAAUGGCAAAGGGAAGACAAAUAGAAUCAAUAACGAUUGAUAAACCUUCUGUUGGAGGGCUUGGAUUCAGUGUGGUUGCCCUUAAAAAUCCCAGCCUGGGAGAAGUUGGUAUCUUUGUCAAGGAAGUCCAGCCAGGAAGCAUAGCUGACAGGGAUCAAAGACUGAGGGAAAAUGACCACAUACUGGCCAUUAAUUGCACGCCAUUGGAUCAGAACAUUUCCCAUCAGCACGCCAUUGCCCUCCUCCAGCAAUCCACAGGAUCCCUGCAUCUGGUGGUGGCUCGGGAGCCACUUCAAGGGAACAGCAGAACUGCCUUGUUCAGUGAUGUAAAUCCACCUGAGACUAUUCACUGGGGCCACGUCGAAGACGUUGAGCUGAUUAACGAUGGUUCAGGAUUAGGCUUUGGAAUUGUAGGAGGAAAGUCGAGUGGAGUAGUUGUAAGAACAAUUGUUCCUGGGGGAUUAGCAGAUCGGGACGGGAGGCUGCAGACGGGAGACCACAUCUUGCAGAUUGGAGGGACCAACGUGCAGGGCAUGACCAGUGAGCAGGUUGCCCAAGUGCUCAGGAACUGUGGGAAUUCUGUCAGGAUGAUCGUGGCGAGGGACCCCAAGUGUGAAUUCAUGGAGGCUCCACCGGCUCCCCUGAGCUGGCCAGUCAGCACAUUGCCUUCCCUUCCAAAUGGAAAUGACAAUGACAACUUUUUUGACACCUAUGAUGUUGAACUUAUAAAAAAGAAUGGGCAAAGCCUGGGAAUAACAAUUGUUGGAUAUGCUGGCACAUGUGAUAUAGAACCUUCAGGGAUUUUUGUGAAAAGUAUAAUACCUGGGAGUGCUGCUGACCACAAUGGCCAAAUUCAUGUUCAUGACAAAAUUGUUGCUGUUGAUGGAGUCAACAUACAGGGUUUUACCAACCAAGAAGUGGUGGAGACACUGCGGAACACGGGUCAGACUGUACGUCUCACCCUGCUUAGAAGGAGACCUUCCUUUGCUAUUUCCUCAGAAACACCUUCAGGGAGAGUGCAGCCAUUUGUUCCAAUCUUUGUGUCCCCUGGAGCUGUAGGGCCUGAAAUUAGUGUGGCCCCUAGGAAUGAGGAAAAACAAGAAGAGAAGGAUAAUCUGCACAAUGAAAAGCAGCAGAGUCUGCAUCAAGCAGGAAGAGUCCCACUCCCUCCAGCACAUGAGCUGAAAUCCAAAUGGGAAAACCUGCUGGGACCAGAAUACGAAGUUAUGGUUGUGAAUGUGGAUAUGCCCUUUAAAGACGAUUCAGAGCUCCAGAAGUACUCAAAGCUGUUACCCAUCCACACUCUGAGAUUAGGAGUUGAGCUGGACACUUUUGAUGGACACCAUUAUAUCUCAUCCAUUGCUUCAGAUGGCCCAGCUGCAGCACUUGGUCUUCUGCAACUGGAGGAUGAACUUCUGGAGGUAAACGGGGUGCAGCUGUGUGGCAGGUCCCGGCGUGAGGCUGUCACCUUCCUCAAGGAGGUGCCACCGCCCUUCACCCUGGUGUGCUGCCGGCGGCUCUUCAGCGACGGCACCGAGUCCUGGGUGGACGAGCCCCCCGUGGCAGCAGCGUCCCCUCCAGAGCAGCAGGUGAAACCUGAGGAAGACUUUAAUCCUGAGGAGGAAGAAGGGGAAUUGGCAUUAUGGUCUCCUGAUGUGAAGGUUAUUGAGCUGGAGAAGGACAAAAAUGGUUUAGGAUUCAGCAUUUUGGACUAUCAGGACCCCUUGGAUCCAGCAGGAACAGCCAUAGUGAUCAGCUCCCUGGUGCCUGGUGGCGUGGCCGAGCGCGGGGGGCAGAUUUUGCCGGGCGAUCGCCUGGUGUUCGUCAACGAGAAACACCUGGAUGGUGCCACCUUGGCAGAGGCAGUGGAAGUGCUGAAAUCUGUGCCCCCAGGGACAGUUUCCCUUGGGAUCUGCAAGCCUUUAGUGGGAGACAGCAGAGAGGAGGAGAAAAUGCACGGUGUGGAUACCAGCAGCAUCAAAAGCAGCCCUGGGUCUCCAGAACCAGUAGAUAACACAAAUUUCUCAGUAAUACUUGAAGCACCACAGGGUUUCAGGGAUGAGGUGCCUUUCAAAGAAGAACUCGUUGAUGAGCCCCAUCUGGACUUGGGAAGGUCAUUUCAGCUUUCUCAGAAGGAUGAGGAGUAUGGGAAGGAGUCCUGGGAGAUGUGUGAGUUUCUGAAAGUCAGAGCAGAGGACGUGGAGGAGGAACGGGAAAUGUUGGUGGAUGAGGAAUAUGAGGAGGAUUCAGACUUCCUGAAGGGGGAUGAUGCAUCAGGUGGAGAGGAGGCAGCUUCAGACAGGAACCUGGACACAGAACGAUGGGCAGAGCAACUGGAGGAUGAUGAAAUACAAGAUUUAAGAUCCAGUGUUAGCCUAAAUGCCAAAGAGUCCCUGGAAUAUCCAUUCAGGAAAGAUCAAAUGUGUGAAGAGAAUGCUGCUUUAAGGUCACACAUUUCUGGAACCACAGCUCCCAGCAGCUACCAAAAAGACAUAUUUGAUACUGAAACUACCCAGGCAGAAGUGAAAACUGAGAUGAACUUAGGGCCAAAGCUUCAGAGUGACUCCAGAGGACCUGAGCUUGCUGCUGAUUCGGAAGCAGCUGGAAAGGAAGCCCUGAAAGAGGAGAAUUAUGUUCUUCCCAAGAGCCGGGAAUCUGGGAGAGUAACCACCUUAGCUCAGCCUAGAGCAGCAUCAGGCAGUGAAUUACCCGAGAGAGAAGAAGGAGAAGGAGAAGAAACUCCAAACUUCAGCCACUGGGGACCACCACGGAUUGUUGAGAUCUUCAGAGACCCUGAGGUGUCUCUUGGAAUCAGCAUUGUUGGUGGACAAACUGUCAUAAAGCGCCUGAAGAAUGGAGAAGAACUUAAAGGGAUCUUUAUCAAACAAGUUCUGGAAGACAGCCCAGCAGGAAGAACAAGGGCUUUAAAAACUGGAGAUAAAAUACUUGAGGUUUCUGGGGUAGACCUACAAAAUGCCACCCACAAGGAAGCAGUAGAUGCCAUCAAGAAUGCAGGAAAUCCUGUGGUGUUUGUAGUCCAGAGCUUGGCUAAUGUACCAAAAGUGGUUUCUCCUGCCCAGCCUAAGGGAAUCAAAGUCAGCAAAGAUCAGGAUGCAGACAAAGAAAAUAAGAGUGAUAAGAGGAAAUAUGGGGCUCCACCUCCCAUGAAGCUGCCACCUCCUUACAGAGCCCUCGAAAGGCACCACGCAGGGGAGGCUGCUCUGGGUGAAGAGGAGGAUGAGGAUGCUUGUGCAGAGGAAAAAAUCAGGCAGAGAUAUGCAGAUCUCCCGGGAGAAUUGCACAUUAUUGAGCUGGAGAAAGACAAGAAUGGGCUGGGGCUCAGCCUGGCUGGCAACAAGGACCGCUCCAGGAUGAGCAUCUUCGUGGUUGGGAUCAAUCCCGACGGCCCCGCGGGACGGGACGGGCGCAUGCACAUCGGGGACGAGCUCCUGGAGAUAAACAAUCAGAUAUUGUAUGGAAGAAGCCACCAGAAUGCUUCUGCAAUCAUUAAAACUGCCCCAUCCAAGGUCAAGCUGGUUUUCAUACGAAGUGAAGAUGCAGUCAACCAGAUGGCUGUCACUCCCUUCCCACUGCCUUCAGGCUCCCACUCUGCCAUUGAGGACCACUCUGGCACUGAACCUGCAGGUGGUGAGGAAGACCCAAGUUUGGAAGUUGUCAUGAAAAGCUUGACUGAUGAGGAAUCCAACAAAGCUGAUGUGAAGUGUAAAUCUGACCCACCAGCGGUGGCAGAUGAGCAGGAGGCAGAGGAGCAGCUCCCAGAAAAUGUCCUCAGCCAGAUCAAACAGCCCAAACCUUCCACGGCAGCCCCAGGGAGCUGCCAGGAGCUGCCCCUGGAGCCAGCACCUCCUCACCUUCCUCCGGAGCCAGAAGCCACCAGCCGUGGUGUGUUCCCACCUCCACUGCCUGUGGAUCCAGCCACCUGUGCCAUAGUUCCAGGGCAGGAGAUGACCAUAGAGAUCUCCAAGGGUCGCUCAGGCCUCGGGCUCAGCAUCGUUGGGGGCAAGGACACUCCCCUGGAUGCCAUAGUGAUCCAUGAAGUUUAUGAAGAAGGGGCAGCAGCCCGAGAUGGCAGACUGUGGGCUGGUGAUCAGAUUCUAGAGGUGAACGGGAUCGAUCUGCGCAGCGCCAGCCACGAGGAAGCCAUCACUGCCCUCCGGCAGACACCCCAGAAGGUGCAGCUGGUGGUUUACAGGAAUGAGGCACACUACAAGGAUGAGGAAAACUUGGAGAUCUUCUCUGUGGACAUCCAAAAGAAAACGGGCAGAGGGCUGGGGCUCAGCAUAGCUGGGAAACGAAAUGGAAGUGGAGUGUUUAUCUCUGACAUUGUUAAAGGAGGAGCUGCAGACCUAGAUGGAAGAUUAAUUCAAGGAGAUCAGAUUUUGUCUGUAAAUGGGGAGGAUAUGAGAAAUGCCUCACAAGAGACUGUUGCCACUAUACUUAAGUGUGCCCAAGGCCUGGUGCAUCUUGAGCUUGGGAGAUUGCGGGCUGGGUCAUGGCUGUCAUCACGGAAAACAUCCCAAAACAGUCAGGCGAGCCAGCAGAGUGUCCACAGCCACUUCCACCCCGCGCUCGCCCCCGUCCUCUCCACCCUGCAGAACUUUGUUGGCACCAAGAGAUCCUCAGCAGACACAUCCCAGAGAAGCUCAGGAGGCGCCGAUAUGGGCCCGAGGACUGUGGAGAUAACAAGGGGCCCAUAUGAUGCCCUGGGUGUCAGCAUAGCAGGAGGGAAGGGCAGUCCCCUGGGAGACAUCCCCAUCUUCAUUGCCAUGAUCCAGGCCAGCGGAGUGGCUGCUCGCACACAGAGGCUCAGAGUUGGAGAUCGGAUUGUCAGCAUUAAUGGGCAACCUUUGGAUGGGCUGUCUCAUGCAGAUGCAGUUAAUCUACUAAAGAAUGCUUAUGGGAGCAUUAUCCUGCAGGUGGUGGCUGACACCAACAUCAGUGCCAUUGCCAGCCAGCUGGAGAGCAUGUCCACGGGCUGCAGCCUCAGCCUGCCCUCUGAGCAUCCCUCCGAGGAUCCUGAAGCACCUCAGCCUAAGAUUAUUACUUUGGAGAAAGGCUCUGAUGGACUGGGAUUUAGUAUUGUAGGGGGGUAUGGAAGUCCCCAUGGAGACCUGCCCAUUUAUGUCAAGACUAUUUUUGCCAAGGGCGCGGCGGCCGACGACGGGCGGCUGAAGCGCGGGGACCAGAUCGUGGCCGUCAACGGGGAGGCCCUGGAAGGCGUCACCCACGACCAGGCCGUGGCCAUCCUGAAGCGCCAGAAGGGGACAGUGACCCUGACAGUGCUGUCCUGAGACACACUGAGCUCUCCAGGCCAUCAGUAGAGCUGUCAAACACUGCCCAGCCCCUGCAGAGCCUGGAUCCGCGUUCCAGGCGCGUCUCCAGCUUCAUUCAGCCUCCCACGACUUUCCAGCCUUUCUCCCCGCCCUCCUCGACUUCUGGUGGCUUCAGAGGUUUCCCUGGACAAGUUUUAAUUAAGGAACUUCAAAGGACAGGACUCGUUGUGCUUUGUCCCCGCUGCUCUGAACCCCGGUUGCGACUGCUGAACCUGGAAUCAAUUCGCACACAAAGGAGAAUUUCAGAUCAUCGACUGAUCUCAUCUGAGGGACAGAAAUAAAUGCUGAGUGACUUGUCAUCUCACUCGUGAUUUACUUAUGCUAAUUGUUCUUUCAAGUAUGCCAGAAAACAUUAGCAAUGUAAUUAAAUUACCACUGUUCCAAAUGAUGAAAUAUCAAAUUCUCCUCUGGGAAAUUAUUUGUGCUCGGCACAGUAAGUCUGAUAGUCAAAUGUGAACUUCUCAUGUUUAUCUCUUUGGGUAGGUCUGUGGAAGUUAGUCAGAGGUAAUUACUGUGAUGUGUCAAUUUGCAGCCUUUAGCAUGAAAAAUAAACGAGGGGAGAGGGAAAUUUAUUUUUUUAGGCUUUUAAAAUGUUUGAGCCUUUUCAGAUAUUUAGGCAGCAUGAACAACAACAGCGUAGCUCAUUCUAUUCUAAUUCUAUUUUUUAAGAAGAAAUGUGCUGAUAUAUGCCAGGCAUGUCGCAUACAAAGGCAGUUGUUGUCGUGCCAAGCUGCAGCAUAAUAAUUGUUCAUCCUGAAACUUUAAUGAAGACAAAAAGUUUGCUUUGGGAAUGUGAUCCUGUAAUUCUAGGAGUGAUGGUGAGCAGUCCCUCCAGCUCAGUGGAGUUCAUCCUAACCACCAAACUGAUGCACAUUUCCAAGAGUCUCCCCAGGAUCAGGUAGUGCAGGAGGAGGCUUUCCUGGAUCCCAGAGAAUGCUCCUCUCUUUGGGCUGCCAGAGCCAAUUUUGGGUACCACCAGGCACUCCCAGGCAGGGCUGGGAUGAUCUCCCUCAGCCAGGUGCAGCAGUUUGGGAUGAGGCUCCUCAACCCCCUCCAGCUCAGCUGAAUCCCCUGACAGUUUUUUGGGGUCUGAAGCCUUCCCAAGGCUGGUCCCACUCUGGAGGUGGGGUGCAGGAACAUUCAGCCACAAGAUCCCAACCUCAUUCCAUUCCCAGCCAUCAAACAGGGAUGAUGUGAGUGUGGCCUUGGUGAUUUAACAGAUGAAUUUGGCAGGCAGGUUCCUGGCAGGGCAAGGCAUUGGGGGUUCAUCUUCUAUCCAGGGGAGCAGGAGGGGUUUGGAGGAAGCAGCCCAGUCUGAUUUGGAACUAUUUGGCAUAAUUUAUAAUGGUGAUGUAGCUGGGAGAAAUGAAAGGGGGGUGGGGUCAGAAUUGGCUGCUCAUUUUGUGUGAAAAAUUCCAGGAACUGAAUGGAAAGAAGGUUGAAAAUCUGCAGUAUAAUAGCUGAGCAGUGCAGGGAGGUGUUAAAGGUACAGCUGUUCUGUGUAAUUGAGUGGAAUUUUCCCCAUUUUACAUUCAGGAACCAGUCCUGAAGCGAGGUGAACUACAUUGAGACAGGAAUGCUGUGAUAAGUUCUCAUGGAAAAGGGUUUUCCUUAUUUCCUUGGAAAGUUUUCCAUAACUCUAGGUAAUCACAAAGUGCAUUUAGCCUGCUGGAACCAUUGGUGGGUAUUCCCUUAAUAGUGCCUGGAAGAGACUUCUCAUUUUCAGUGGAUUCCCAGUGUCCUGUUUGAUUUGCCAAGUGAGGUGUGAGUGGAAUCCUGAUUGCAGAGCACAGGGAUGUCUCCAGGUGUAGAAAACUGGAGAAUUCUGAACAGGCUGCUCUGGUUGCACAGGAGUUUAGGGUGAGGUGUGAGGAGGUGCCCUCAGCAGCAGUGUGUGGGAUUUAUCAACCAAAGGGAAUGAUUCUUCUGUCCUGUGUUUUUGUACCCACCCUGAGACGUUGCCACAUUUAAUCCAUGAAGUUGUACAUGGCUGUUUAUCAGCCUGUGAUGCACAUGCAGUUCAUAGACAUAAACAAUAGAAUUUAUGGGCUGAUGAGACAUUUUGCACUUCUCGUUGCUCAGAAGGAGAGAGAACAUUUUCUGCUUCUUGUAAUUUGCACUUUGUGUGUUCGAAUAUAUUACUGCCAAAAAAAAAAAAAAUUAUAUUGCAACUAAUUGAUAAACCAGUGACCAUGCUCCACGUGCAGGGCCAAGGCAGAGAAUUCAGUUUGCACCACGCUUGUCUGGGUGGGGGUGUUCUGGUUUGUUUGAAACUUCAUUUCUGUGCAAGGGAAAAAGCAAUUAAACCUCCUGAUUGUAUUGUUUACGUAGCUCAGUAAAAGGAGACGUUUUAUGACUUCAAGGGUUCUAAAUAAAGCUCAGUUGCAUAAGUA